UGGUACUGUUGUAAUUUUAAGAACCAUAAAUAAAAGUAACAGAAUACUAAACCAUUAAUAACUUGUCUGAUCCAAUUUUACGCUUUAUAAUGAGCCACUCCCGUCCCACCUCACUUUGACACUAGAUUAUCUCUCCAAUUGCCACCUCGAAAUCAUAAAUUCUGUAAGCUUACGCCUUUCCUUUCUCUCUCCUCUCUUUCUCACUAACCUUUGCAUCUCGACAUUGAACCAAGGCAAGCAUCAAUGGCUACAUUCAAAGUUUCUCGCAUUCAAACCAAGCCUUACGAUGGCCAGAAGCCAGGAACUUCUGGUCUUCGGAAGAAGGUUAAAGUGUUUGCGCAACCUCAUUACUUAGAAAACUUUGUUCAGUGCACAUUCAAUGCCCUCACAGCGGAUAGGAUAAAAGGUAAAACACUUGUUGUUUCAGGCGACGGGCGUUAUUACUCCGAAGAAGCUAUCCAGAUUAUUAUUAAGAUGUCAGCUGCAAAUGGAGUUAAAUGUGUUUGGGUUGGUCAAAAUACACUGCUUGCAACACCUGCCGUCUCAGCCGUGAUACGUGAAAGAGUUGGGAAAGAUGGAUCUAAGGCUUCCGGGGCAUUUAUAUUGACUGCCAGUCAUAAUCCUGGAGGCCCUAAUGAGGACUUUGGAAUAAAGUAUAACAUGGAAAACGGAGGACCAGCUCCAGAGGGAGUUACUGAUAAGAUUUAUGAGAAUACAACUACCAUAAAUGAGUACCUGACUGCUGAAGAUCUGCCUGAUGUUGAUAUCUCUAAAGUAGGCACAACUAGCUUCUCAGGUCCUGAUGGAAAAUUCGAGGUUGAAGUCUUUGAUUCAACUGAUACCUAUGUGAAGUUGAUGAAGUCAAUUUUUGAUUUCGAGGCUAUUAAAAAGCUGCUCUCAUGUCCAAAAUUCACAUUCUGUUAUGAUGCCCUUCAUGGAGUUGCUGGUGUUUAUGCUAAGCGUAUAUUUGUAGAAGAGCUUGGCGCCAAUGAGAGUUCGCUGUUGAACUGUACACCAAAGAAAGAUUUUGGUGGAGGGCAUCCUGAUCCCAAUUUGACUUACGCGAAGGAAUUAGUCCAACGCAUGGGAUUGGGCAAAUCAAACACGGAAGGUGAACCGCCUGAAUUUGGUGCUGCUGCCGAUGGUGAUGCUGACCGUAAUAUGGUACUGGGUAAAAGGUUUUUUGUGACCCCCUCGGAUUCAGUUGCUAUUAUUGCUGCUAAUGCUGUAGAAGCAAUUCCAUACUUCUCUGGUGGUCUGAAGGGAGUUGCUAGGAGCAUGCCUACUUCUGCUGCUCUGGAUGUUGUUGCGAAAGCCCUUAAUUUGAAGUUCUUUGAGGUGCCCACUGGAUGGAAAUUUUUUGGUAACCUGAUGGAUGCUGGACUUUGUUCAGUAUGUGGUGAAGAGAGUUUUGGAACUGGCUCUGAUCAUGUACGCGAGAAGGAUGGAAUCUGGGCUGUUUUGGCAUGGCUAUCUAUUCUUGGACAGAAGAACAAGGAUAAACUCAAUGGAGAAAACCUUGUGACCGUUGAAGACAUUGUUCGUCAGCAUUGGGUUACGUAUGGCCGGCACUAUUACACAAGAUAUGACUAUGAGAAUGUUGAUGCAGGUGGUGCAAAAGAACUUAUGGCAAAUUUGGUCAAUCUGCAAUCUGAUCUCUCUGAAGUUAACAAGAUCGUGAAGGGAGUAAAUUCUGCUGUGGCCAAUGUGAAGAGUGCUGAUGAGUUUCAAUACACUGAUCCUGUUGAUGGCUCAGUUUCAAAGCACCAGGGUAUUCGCUACCUGUUUGAAGAUGGCUCACGAUUGGUGUUCCGCCUUUCUGGAACUGGUUCGGAAGGAGCUACAGUUCGUGUGUACAUUGAGCAAUAUGAAAACGACUCCUCAAAAAUUAGCAGAGACUCUCAGGAAGCACUUAAACCUCUUGUGGAUGUUGCCCUAAAGCUUUCUAAGAUGCAAGAGUUUACUGGGAGGUCCGAGCCAACUGUUAUUACAUAAGUUGAAGUAUUUCAGAGAAAUGCCACCUCCUGGCAUAUUGAGUCCUUGGUUUUUUACCUGGUAUUCGUCAGAGGCGAAAUUAAUUUUGUACUACCAUACUUUCUGCAAUUUUUGGUUGUGGAUGUUUUAAAAAAGGAGGUUUUCUGUUGAACAUUUUUGAGUUCAGAGUUGUCAACAGGCAACUUCUAAGUCCCUCAUGCUCGAGUUGAUCACAGGAGGAUUACUCAGAACAAAUGAUACUGAUUUAUAGAAACACCUAUUAUACAGAAUAUUUUCUAUAUUUUGUUCAA